GGGAAAUAAUUAAUUCUCAAUUAGCACCAUUUGAUUUUUCGAGGGUUCACAGAUUUCCUUCUUGGCUAAUAGGGUUGUUACGUUCCGACUUGCAAGAGCUCGUCGAUUACUUGGCUGAAAUUUUGCCACCGGCCGAUGCUCUUCGUCGUCCACCGACCACAAUCCGCCGUCACUUCACUGUCCGAGCUUCGGUUUUCACGAACGUUCUGAUGCUUUGCUACUACUGAGCCGUGUAGCCGCCACUGCAGUACCACUCUCAUUCACACAUCCUGCCACUGCCAUGGCGAUUCCUUUUGGGAAGAUCACCAUUCUCGUUGGAGCUGGUUCACACACAGUAUUGUUGGCUCUGUUCUGGCAAAAGAAGGACACCUGCCAUAUGUAUCGGAUUUUGUCUCAGGUGCCUUUAAGAUUGCUCUAAAGCGUAUCCGCCGUGAUGACUCUAGCACUUCAAAAAGCAAACCACGUAAUGACUCUUUAAUGGCUCAGGUAAAAAGCUUACGUGAGGAACUGGAAAUGUUAGCAUCAAAUCGUCAGAUGACAAUUGUGACUACUGGCGGGAGAGGGGGUAGGAAAUAUGGUGUAAUCAUUCUUGUAGUUGUAGUAGGAUAUGGGAUCGUUUGGAUGAAGGGAUGGAAACUUCCUGAUAUGAUGUUUGCUACAAAGCGUAGUCUAUCUGAUGCUUGCAGUUCCGUUGCUAGGCAGCUCGAGAAUGUUUACUCAUCCAUUGCGGCUACAAAACGGAAUUUAUCUUCAAAAAUGGACCACGUCGACAAAAGUUUGGAUGAGUCUUUGGAUCUCACUGCUGAUACACAAGAACAGGUUUCAGAACUUCGAGGUAGAUCAGAUACUUUUGGCAGGGAUAUUAAAUCCGUUCAUCAUGCAGUCCAGACUUUGGAAAAUAAACUAUGGAGUUUUGAAGAAAAGCAGGAACUAACGAAUGAAGGUGUUAAGAGAUUGUGUAAUUAUGCUUGGAACAUGGAGAAUCGCAGGACUGCAGAACGUACUCAGGCAAUUCCUUCUAGUUCCUCCAGGCAAGCUCCUGAACUCCCUCUAACAACUCCUUCACCAAAGCAGAAUCGGUCGUUGCGGGUUGGUUUUUCACCAGAUCCGCCGUCUCCUUCCGAGUACAAUGCUUCUUCUAACCAGUCUCAGGUUCAACCUCAACGGCGAUCCCCCCAAAAUAAUGUCUCAGACCCCGGCUUGAUGAUGUUAGAAGGAACUACCAAUUUGAACGCGCCGUCAAGCAUCAGCCUGGAUACAAUGUCAAAUGGAACUGGUACAUUCAAUUCCACCAAAAGCGAGGCCGGGACUUCUGGUCUUUCUGGACUUGGCUUUCUCACCAGGACUAGAAGUGCAAUGACUGCAGUAUUCCGGCAGUCUCGCCCAAGUGUUCAAUCUUGAGGAACCCUUAUUUUUGUAGAAUUAUCUAUCGACACUACCGGCAGCCUGAGGACUUGUUAUAUAGCUAAAGCUGGCAGUGCCCAACCCAGGAGGUGAAGAAGAUAUCGUAUAGUUUCUGGUGGGUACGGAAUUUUGUAGUUAUUAUUAUAAAGCUCCUUUUCUUAUUCUUCUUUGUUCUAGGUAUCAGUGUGGUUAUUCUUUUUUUUUUUUUUU